GCAAGCGGUGUCCAUAGGGAGCCUUAGCCGUAUGUCUCCAGCCGCUGCCCUUGCUGUCGCGCCGCAGCUGUCUGUCGCCUGCUUUUAGAGGGUACAGGCGACAGCCGGGGCUUCAGGUGGUCGCGCAGCCGCCAAACGCUUCCGCUGAGCCGCCUUUUCUGCCAGGCUGUUCUUCUCGGUUGGGUCCCGGUCGGGGGAAGAUGGCGCCGGCGCCCCUAGGCGUCUGGGAGGAGCAGCUGCUGGGGUGUAGGUCGGGACCCCUUUCCCGGCUCCUCUUUCUCGCCCAGGUCGUCCUCCUGCUGCCGGUCGCCUGGGCGGGCCCCUGCCCCGCACCCUGCUCCUGCCGCAUUCCUUUGCUGGACUGCAGUCGCAGAAAGCUGCCCGCGCCGAGCUGGAGGGCGCUGUCGGGCCCGCUGCCCCCCGACAUCGCCAGCCUGGAUUUGAGCCAUAAUCGGUUAUCUGACUGGAACAUCAGCUUGGAAUCACAAACUUUACAGGAAGUGAAAAUGAAUUACAAUGAGCUAACAGAAAUUCCAUAUUUUGGAGAACCAACGUCUAAUAUCACUCUACUUUCAUUAAUCCAUAAUUUAAUCCCAGAAAUAAAUGCAGAGGCACUCCAGUUUUACCCUGCUCUUGAGAGUUUAGACCUCAGCUCCAAUAUAAUAUCAGAAAUCAAGGCAUCUUCUUUUCCUCGAAUGCAGCUUAAAUACCUGAAUUUGAGCAAUAAUAGGAUAACCACCUUGGAGGCUGGUUGCUUUGAUAACUUAUCCAGUUCCUUAUUAGUGGUAAAAUUAAACCGGAACCGAAUUAGCAUGAUUCCACCUAAGAUCUUCAAGCUACCUCACCUCCAGUUCCUGGAACUUAAAAGAAACAGGAUUAAAAUUGUGGAAGGUCUUACAUUCCAAGGACUUGACUCCUUAAGAUCUUUGAAAAUGCAGCGGAAUGGAAUUAGCAAACUUAAGGAUGGAGCAUUUUUUGGCUUGAAUAAUAUGGAAGAACUAGAACUAGAACACAAUAACCUUACACGAGUGAACAAGGGGUGGUUGUAUGGCUUACGAAUGUUACAACAGCUGUACAUGAGCCAGAAUGCUAUUGAAAGAAUCAGCCCUGAUGCAUGGGAGUUCUGCCAAAGACUGUCUGAACUUGAUUUGUCCUAUAACCAGCUGACCCGCCUGGAUGAAUCUGCCUUUGUGGGCCUGAGUUUACUGGAGAGAUUGAAUUUAGGGGAUAACAGAGUAACUCACAUUGCUGAUGGUGUAUUUAGGUUUCUUUCCAAUCUUCAGACACUAGACUUAAGAAACAAUGAAAUUUCAUGGGCCAUAGAAGAUGCUAGUGAAGCCUUUGCUGGACUCACAAGUCUUACUAAAUUAAUCUUACAAGGAAACCAGAUUAAGUCAAUAACAAAGAAAGCAUUCAUUGGUCUUGAAUCCCUUGAGCAUUUAGAUUUGAACAACAAUGCUAUAAUGUCUAUCCAAGAAAAUGCUUUUUCUCAGACUCACUUGAAAGAACUGAUUCUGAACACAAGCAGUUUGCUCUGUGACUGUCAUUUGAAGUGGUUACUUCAAUGGCUGGUUGAUAAUAACUUUCAUCAUUCUGUGAAUGUAAGCUGUGCACAUCCUGAAUGGCUAGCAGGGCAAAGCAUCCUGAAUGUGGACCUGAAAGAUUUUGUCUGUGAUGAUUUUCUCAAGCCACAGAUAAAGACACAUCCUGAAUCCUCAGUUGCUCUGAGAGGAGUUAAUGUGACUCUAACAUGUACUGCAGUGAGUAGCAGUGAUUCACCCAUGUCCACUGUGUGGCGCAAAGACAGUGAAAUCCUGUAUGACGUGGAUAUUGAAAAUUUUGUUCGUUAUCGGCAGCAAGCUGGAGAAGCUCUGGAAUAUACUAGUAUUUUACAUCUUUUCAAUGUGAAUUUCACAGAUGAAGGAAAAUAUCAGUGUAUUGUUACUAAUCAUUUUGGUUCCAAUUAUUCUCAAAAAGCCAAACUGACUGUGAAUGAGAUGCCAUCUUUUCUGAAAACUCCAAUGGAUCUGACUAUUCGAACUGGUGCCAUGGCCAGAUUAGAAUGUGCGGCAGAGGGUCACCCUGCACCUCAGAUUUCCUGGCAGAAAGAUGGUGGUACUGACUUUCCUGCAGCUCGAGAAAGACGCAUGCACGUCAUGCCUGAGGAUGAUGUCUUCUUCAUUGCCAAUGUGAAAAUAGAGGACAUGGGAAUCUAUAGUUGCAUGGCGCAAAAUAUAGCAGGAGGCCUCUCAGCAAAUGCCUCACUAACAGUUUUAGAGACACCCUCAUUUAUUAGACCUCUGGAGGACAAGACAGUAACCCGAGGUGAAACAGCUGUGUUACAGUGCAUAGCUGGAGGAAGUCCUGCUCCACGCCUCAAUUGGACUAAAGAUGAUGGACCACUGCUGGUGACAGAGCGACACUUCUUUGCUGCCGCUAACCAGCUUCUCAUCAUUGUAGAUGCUGGACUGGAAGAUGCUGGGAAAUAUACCUGUAUUAUGUCUAAUACCCUUGGGACAGAACGAGGCCAUAUUUACCUAAAUGUUAUUUCAUCCCCCAAUUGUGACUCUUCUCAGAGUAGCAUUGGGCAUGAAGAUGAUGGUUGGACCACAGUUGGCAUUGUUAUUAUUGUUGUAGUCUGCUGUGUUGUGGGCACCUCUUUGAUCUGGGUCAUUGUUAUUUACCACAUGAGAAGGAAAAAUGAAGACUAUAGUAUCACAAACACAGAGGAGCUCAAUUUGCCUGCAGACAUUCCUAGUUACUUGUCCUCCCAAGGAACACUGUCUGAGCCACAGGAAGGAUACAGCAACUCUGAGGCAGGCAGUCACCAGCAGCUUAUGCCUCCUGCCAGUGGUUAUAUACACAAAGGCAAUGAUGGUGGCACUGGUACCCGGGUGAUCUGCUCAGAUUGUUAUGACAAUGCCAACAUCUACUCGAGGACCCGAGAAUACUGUCCAUACACCUAUAUUGCUGAAGAGGAUGUUCUAGAUCAGGCAUUAUCGAGCCUCAUGGUCCAGAUGCCCAAGGAGACAUUUUUGUCACAUCCUCCCCAAGAUGCCACUGCCCUCGAGAGCCUGAUAUCAGCAGACAGAGAACUGUCUGCCAUUCCUGCUAACCAUGAUAGAAAAAAUGAGAAGAAACUUCCCUCUACACAAUUGAGCAAUGAAACAUUGCAACGGCCUCUGUGGAACAUAAACAGAGAAUUAGGCCUGCCUCAUCCGCCCUUUGCGCAACAACCAGUCCUUGAGUCACCACAGCUUCAUCGAAGUGAAGGCCUGGCAGAGAGGGAUCCAGACUCUUCUUCCCCCAUGCCCUGCCACAGGUUACACGACCAUGCUUUUGAAUUUAGUAGGACUCGGAACAUUCAAGAUGGUAGUGAGGGCACAUGAAACCCAUUCUAGGAUAAAAUCUGGGCACAGACGCAAGUUAAUUUUGUAUUUACUACCUCAGAGUUCAGAAGAAACCCCAAAGUCAGCGUUUGCUUUACUCUUUGUUUAUGGUUACAUUUGACCACACCAAGGUAGCACAGGCAUGAAGGAAGGGUAACAGCUGACAGAAAUGGGUAUAUCAAGUAAAAGAUAUGCAGCACUGGCAGAGGAAUAUACAGGACAAAUAUGCUUCCUGGUGGUUCCAUGGAGAUGUGCCCAGGUGUGCAUUGGCUAUCAGGAAGAGUCUCAUUGCUGCUUAACUUGCUGGGAUUAUCUUAAUUCUCAGAACAUUCAUGAGAAAACAUUAUUACUUUGAUGUUCUACUUUACCUUUCAAGAGCAAAACUAACUUUGGAGCCCUCUGGGAAGUGUGCCUGGGGUUCUUCAGUGGUUUUAAGCAGGUAGUUGAAGCUGGGGCUUUGACAUUCAAGGUCUUCAGCAAGAAUCCCAGAUUUGACCAGCUGGUAUUAGGUCAAAGGUUUUUAUAUUCUUGUGAAUUUUUUUUUGUCCCUAUUGCCCAGGGAUGUCAUUGUAAAUAUAUGUGUAUUUAUAAAUAAUUUUUCUAUUCAUUGA